AUGGAGAAAUCUACUACGGUUGACUUAGAAACCUCGCAAGACCAUGGAGAUAACACCGAGGACAACACUGGCGACUAUUCCGUCUUUACACAGAACCAGAAGCGGUUUAUCGUGUUUAUAGCCUCCUGGGCGGGGUUUUUCUCCCCGGUCUCUUCACAGAUCUACUUCCCUGCGUUGAAUACUCUUGCGCAGGAUCUUCAUGUGUCCAAUUCACUUAUUAAUCUCACUUUAACGAGUUAUAUGAUUUUCCAAGGCCUAUCGCCGAUGUUCAUCGGAGAUUUUGCCGAUAAGGCCGGGAGACGACCGGCUUACAUUGUCUGCUUUACGCUCUACAUUGCUGCUAAUAUUGGCUUGGCCUUGCAGAACAACUAUGCUGCUCUUUUUGUCCUUCGGUGUUUACAGAGUGCAGGAAGUAGCACAACUAUUGCUCUCUCCUCUGGCGUUGUUUCUGAUGUCGCGACUGUGGCCGAGCGAGGCUCAUACAUGGGCUUUGUCACAGCAGGCUCCCUAUUAGGUCCCUCAGUUGGUCCGGUCAUCGGAGGUCUACUAGCUCAGUAUCUCGGAUGGAGAGCGAUCUUUUGGUUCCUCACCAUUUUCGCAGGUGCUUUCCUUGUCCCAUUCCUAAUCUUCUUUCCCGAGACUGCUCGUGGCAUUGUCGGUGAUGGGUCUAUACCGCCGCAGAAAUGGAACAUGUCUCUGAUCAGCUAUCUCAAGACCCGCAAAGCUAGGGCAGAAGGAAUUGAGUCCCCAGCCAGUACGAAACAGCAGAAGCUGAGUUUCCCAAAUCCCUUCAAAACACUCGCCAUCGUGUUCCAGAAGGACACCAGCAUCAUUUUGGCAUCCAACGCGAUUCUGUUUGCGGGGUUUUACGAUGUCAGUGCCACUAUUCCCUCGAUCUACAAAGAACUUUACGGGCUGGACGACCUCCAGAUCGGCCUGUGCUAUAUUCCCUUCGGCCUUGGGGCUACCAUCGCAUCUAUCCUGAACGGCAAAUUCCUGGACUUCAACUAUCGCAGACUGGCAAAACAACUGAACUUCCCAUUGGUCAAGAACCGCUUCGUAGACCUGCGCAAUUUCCCCAUCGAAAAGGCGCGUCUUCAGAUUGCAUUUCCUCUCCUAACGAUUGGCAGCCUGAGUAUCGUGGCCUUUGGAUGGUGCUUGAAUUAUGGUGUUCAUCUCGCUGCUCCGACCACCAUUCUAUUCGUGAUGGGGCUUUCUCUAACGGGGUCUUUCAAUACUGUUAGCACCCUCCUAGUGGAUCUAUAUCCGACACAGGCUGCCAAGGCGACUGCUGCUAAUAACUUUGUCCGGUGUUUGCUUGGAGCUGGUGCUACGGCCGUUGUGGAUCUCAUGUUGUCAUCCAUGGGCCGUGGCUGGUGCUUUACUUUUGUUGCCCUUGUGAUGCUAUGUACAUCACCAUUGCUUCUGAUUGUGAUCUGGCAAGGACCGAAAUGGCGCGAGGAGCGUCGUUUGAGAGAAGACUCUAAACAAGCUGGUCAGUCUGCCGCAUGA